UCAUUUCAAAUGACAUCUACGGGAGAAGGUUCUCCAUUUCUCAAGCAUCGAGUUCUUCUGUACGGCGGCGAUGGCUUCCACGUGAGUUCAUUGUCUGACCUGAUUUAACCAAAUCCCCAUUCAAAUAUUUCAUUCUUGGGAUAUCUACAUUUCAAUAAAAACUAAUCUAUACCCACAAAUCAAGUUUGUGGUUGUAGCGAACUGGCUUGAAAACCCAUCCACUCGAAUAAUCACUUGCCUUCUCUAUUUCCCUCAUUCUCUCUUCCUUCAUCCUUCUCCAACCCAUUCAUGGAAGCCUUAGUUUCUAACCCUCUUAUUACCCAUCCCACUCUUCCUCCUUCCACUACUUUUCCCCUCAAACCGCGCUCUAAUUCCAUCCAUAAUCGGAGACGAACACCCGCGUUUGCUGCCAUUGACGGUGCUUCUUUGCUUCCAGCUGACUCCACUCAGGUUCAAAUCACAUGGCAAAUUUUCGUUGGAGCGAUUGCUGGAGUGACGCCCUUUGUGGUGGCCGGAAUCGAAUUCAGCAAGAGAAUUAGGGUGCAAAAGAGAUGUAAAGAAUGUGGUGGUUCGGGGCUUGUUCUUAGAGAUGAUGACUACUUUCGUUGCCCCGAAUGUGGUGGUUUUUUGCCAUGGCAGUCAUGGAGGCGAUUCUUUUGGGGAUAAAGAAGACAGUUAACAAGAUAUGUCUGUUUUGAAGUUGUAUAUUUACACUCAUAUUUCAAAGAAAGUGAUUCAGGAUCUUCUUCGUUGAUUUUCAAGCAACACGAGGAACAAAGGAUCUGAUCUUAUCCGUUCAUUAAGUGUAUGCAUUUGAGGUUAGAGCUAAUUAAGUUCACCAUGUUUGUUAUCAGUUACAUGCUCAAUCAAAUGUUUAAAUGUUGCUAAAUGAUUGCUUACGAGAUUAGAUUCCAAGCGUCUAGUUCUUGUAAUGUCAUUUUCUCUCACAUAGUUGAUAACAUGUAUACAAGAUUAAAUAUUUUUUAACCUAUCAACCUUAGUUUUUAAGUUUGGUAGUGCUUUAUUUAUACAAUAAAGCUAGGCAGCUUCCCCAGUUAUGUAAUUAGAAACUCAAUUAAUUUGGAUUAAGUGGGAUAUUGUGAAACAAAUUUUGUCGUCUCUGGCAGAUUUCUAUUAGAAUCAUGUCUGGAUGAAAUCAAUCAACCAGACUGAUUUUGUCGCAUGUUUUCUUUUUAGAAAAUGCCAGAAACUUUAGUAAAAUUACUUGACUUAAUGAA